UUUUGUAUGUCUCUCUGGACUAAAUGCUAAAUGUCUCCCAAAUGCUGUAAAUAUAAAUAUCAAUGUAAAUGAAAGACAAAAAAGUGCAGGUCUCUGUUAUUCCACUAGAGAGCAGAGUACAGCCUUACACUCUAUAAACGAGUCAUGGCUCAAUAGCGAGGGAAACAUUUGACAUACAGUUUAUUUUUAAUUAAGUUAAAUAUAAUCUAAAGAGUUUAAGGCGCUUCACACACACACAAACACACACACACACACACACACGCGCGCACACACACACCAAAAUCAGAACAUAUUGCUAAACACAUUAAUGUUAGUUGAUUUGUCAUUAGCUUGUGAUGGACUGGUGACCUGUCCAGGGUGUACCCCUGCCUUUCGCCCAAUGUGUGCUGGGAUAGGCUCCAGCAGAUCCCUGUGACCCUAAUUAGGAAUAAAGCGCGUACAGAAGAUGGAUGGAUGGAUGGAUGUCAUUAGUCACUAAAUUUAUUAGUUUUGGCGUAAUGCACAAAUCAAGUAUUAUUACAAUUAGCUUUAAUGUUCAGGUCUGGAGAUGUUGAUUCAGAGGCACAGGAGGUCAUUUUGGUGCCCAAUGCCUCCAGGGUCUGGGGUUUGAACCUCAUGAUGAUGCUUGAUGCCUCCAGGGUCUGGGGUUCGAACCUGACUUCCAAUCACUGCAUGUGCAGAGAUUCAUAUUUGUUUACUUUCUUCCUUCCGCCUCCUAAAAACGAGCUGGUAGAUGAAUGGAUUUCUCUAAAUUACCUGUAAAUGUGAUUGGUGUGUGUGUGUGUGUUGUCCUCACUGAUUUCUCCUUUACAGCACCAGAAGGAUUCAUUCAUUUCUAUCCACACAGUCCACUCGGUGACUCUGGACCCCUGGUAUAACUGAAGAUUUCAGAAGACCCGACCCGACCGCCUUCUCUGGUAAAUCUCCGCUCGAUCUUCAGAGACUCUGCAGCUCUUUUCCUUCAUUUCCAUCCGUUCAGAGUGGAGAUCUUUUUCUUUAUUCAGUUUUGAUUUUUUCUUCACUGAAAAGAAUGAGAAAGCUUCCAGAAAGCAGCUGGAUGAAAUUCGGUCCUGCAGGAAGAGGAUCUUAUGACUGGAUGGCAGGAGCUUCAUCACCACCUCCUGAGGAAAAACAGCUGCAGGGUUACCACUGGAAUGAGCUCUUAACCGAGCAGGAUGCGAAGACCGAGAUCAUCUUGUACAUCAUCCUCCCUCUGGUGUUGCUCUUCAUCUUCUGCCUGACAGCCUUCCUGAUCUACCAGAGAUGCUCGCGCGGCAAGCUCAGUUUGGCCAAUAUCAUUGCACUGGAUCUUCAGGAUACAGACAGCAGUGCCGAGAUUCUGGCUUCACUCACCGCCAACGCCGAGCGUCUGAACAGCACCAGCUCCGACACGUCUGACGGCGUUUUCCUUAUGGUCUACCUUCCGCCGCCCUAUGAGGAAACGCUGACCAAGAUAACCCGGGCUGCCAGCCUCACCAGCGGCAAAGAUGUGGAGUGCAUAAAGAUGGAAGAUCUCGAGGCUAAACUGUGUCCAGAACUCAAAUCCAGAGGGCAUUACGUCUAACCGAGUCACAGUAGUCUGGAAGCGAUGGUACAUUUACCGAGACUUUUAUCCUAGAGAUCACGUCUGUAUUGUCACCAACAAACAAAGUUUCUGUUUCACCCUAAGAAAGGAGAAGGCAGUAACUGAUCACAUUAGGGCUUUUCACACUGCUAUGAACCCUGGGAUGCUGUCGUUCUAAACCCUGAGUUUAACCCUGGGUUAAAAUCACAUGUCAUUUAGGAUCAGUGGCUUUUACAGUGUUAACUCUAUGUCACGCUGGCGAAUGCAUACACUGUCAAAUGAUGUGGCGUUAGAAUGUUAUGGCUAGCCGCUUAGCCACAGAAACCCAGUCGGAAACUGAACAGAAAAAAAAAAAAUGAUAGAGGUAGACAGAGUCAAGCAAAAGAACACUGAACAUCAUGGAAGUGAUGAAAUACGGCACACUCAAACUUUACCAGAAGUUGAAUAUCAACAAACAAAUAAGCGGCUGAACGACUAGAUGACACUUAAAAAGAGUAAAAAAAGCUGUGAAAGAUAACAGAACCUGCUCAGGUGCAGAAGCAUUUUAUCUCACUCACGUGAAAGUGUGAGACGAGCCGUUAUUAAACAUUAAUUAGCCUUUAUUUGUCACAUUUACGUUACAGCAGAGUGAAAAUCUUUCUUCGCAUAUCCCCUUCUUGGAGGGAUGGGGUCAGGGUUGGCUAUGAUGCAGCGCCCCUAGAGCGUGGGGUUGGUUGAGGGCCUUGCUCAAGGGCCAAACGGUUUCAGGUAGGCGGUGCUGGUGCUUGAACCCUGAUCUUCCGAUCAAGGACCCACAGCCUUAACCACUCGAGCUAAAAUUGCCCUCAAAGCUGGGGUCAGAGCUCAGGUUCAGCCAUCAUGCGGUGGAGCAAUUAGGGUUACUCAGGGGCCCAGAGACAGUUGCAGCAGGGUUUAGGGAAGUAGAGUGUGAAACAUCCGAUUAUGAAGAGCCAGGAUUUAGUGUUAAACCCGGGAAAACUAGGAGAAGUGUGAAACCUCAAACUAAAUGAACCCAGGAUUCUGUUUAGCCGGAGUUUAUAAUCACCCAGGGAAAAAUUUCACCGUGUGAAAAGCCCUAAAUUGAAAAACAUGAUGUUUAUAUAAUGCCUAGCCAAACAAUCAUAAAAAGAUUAAGAUGCAGAGUUGUAUAUUUAAUUUAUUAAAAAUAACAUCAUUGUUAUCCAUAAAAAAACACAAAAGCAUUCAUUUUUUUCCAUGAUGUUGAAUUGAUUUUUCUAAAACAUGUAUUUAAAACACACAAAUUGAGUGUACACCAGUGUUAAAACCUCUGUGCUUGUGCUUUGUGUAAUUAUCCACUAUCCGCUUCAUGUCAACUACAGAAUGGAUGUUUCUUUGUUUUUU